AUGUCUUCAUCCUCGGAACCCUCACUCGGCCGUCUGAAAGGCAAAGUCGCCAUCGUUACUGGAGGAGCCAGUCCCCAAGGCUUCGGCUACGCAAUCGCCCGCCGCUUCAUCGAGGAAGGCGCAAAAGUGAUAAUCGGAGACUUGGAUGGCUCUGGCGCCGAAAGCAGCGCCUCCUCACUCUCAUCCCAAAAUGUCAAAGGCGUAGCCAUGGAUGUUUGCAAGCACGAAGACUGGCAACGCGUUGUGGAAAUGGCAGUCAAAGAAUUUGGCGGAGUCAAUAUUCUGGUCAACAAUGCUGGAUGCACGUACAGAAACAAGCCGACUGGAGAGGUUACGGAAGAGGAGUUUGAGAGGGUCAUGAGUGUGAAUGUCAAGAGUAUCUUUUGGAGUGUCAAGGCUGUGGUGCCGCAGAUGCAGAAGCAGGGGCAGGGCGGAAGUAUCAUCAAUAUCUCGAGCAGUGGGAGUGUAAGGCCGAGACCUGGGUUGGUGUGGUAUAAUGCCAGUAAGGGCGCAGUGUCGAAUGCGACCAUGGGACUGGCUGCGGAGUACGGCCCAGACCAGAUCAGAGUCAAUGCGAUUGCUCCGCUAUUGUCCGCGACAGGCUUGUUCGAGUCGUUCGUCGGAGUCAAGGACACGCAGGAGAACCGAGACAAGUUUGCAGCGUCGAUCCCAUUGGGUAGACUGACGGACCCAGGAGAUAUAGGCAAUGCGUGUGUGUUCCUGGCAUCGGACGAGGGCAAAUUCGUGACGGGCACCAAUUUCAGUGUUGAUGGAGGUAGACACAUCUGA